AUGAAAACUGUAUUGACUUUAAGAAAGAAUCGUAGACGACGUCUCGGACAUUUGUCGCAUACGGAACAGAUCGAUCAAAAACAAUUGUCAAAAUUAGAAAAUCGACCCGAUGGUAUUCGAGCACGUCCAGUUGACGAGGGUUGGAAUUGGCAAGCUUCGAUCCCAGGACCACCCGACUCGGUUUACGCAAACGGUGUAUUUUACAUACACCUGAAAUUACCCGCAGGCUAUCCUCUUUAUCCGCCCAAGGUGCGCUUUCUAACGCGAAUUCUACACCCUAACAUUAACUGUCAUGGCGACAUAUUUAUUCAUUGUCUUCGUCAUAACUGGAGUCCAGCAGUAACAAUACCGAUGUUUUUGGUUCGAAUCCAGUCCAUGUUAACAGAUCCUAACUGUCAGGGAUGCAUGGAGCACGAGGUUUGGCGAAUGUAUACCGAGGACAGAGAAUACUUUAACAUAGUUGCGAGAGACUGGACAAGAAAGUUUGCGCAGCAUCAUUAUCAAAAUCAAGAACUUAAGCCGAUAACAAAUAGAUAGAAAUUCGAGUUGUCCCAGCCACGAGUACCUACCAGCUCUUUUCACACUGUAUUAGUCCAUUGCACAUUUAGACACGAGUUCAUUUCACGUUAAAAUGCAAACUUUGAUAACUGAGAAUUGUGAAAUAAAUGUUACCAUUACUAGAAUUAAAAAUUGAUUCGGUCAACUUAAUUUUACGUGACGAGCAAAUAUCAACAUCAGAAAAAUAGUAAAAUCGACACAGAAUCGCAUCGAAAUGACUGAAAGCUGGGCCGCAUCUUCAAAUUGUGCCAUCGUCGAAAUAAAAUGAAAAUUGUCGAUUAAAAAUGAGUAUUGUAGUCGAUAAUGAAAUAAAAGGCAUGCUAAAAAGCGGCAAUUGUUAAUUGUUAUUCAAAUUCUGUAAAGGAAACUUAUAUUAUUAAAGUGUAUAUAAAAUGAAA